AUCGAGACGAGGAGAAUGGAGACGGCAGGAGAGAGGGACGGCGGUUGGUAUGGCAGGUGGCCGAGGUGGCGCUUGCAUCAGUCGUUGUCGGAAAAGUGGAAGGAAGAGAGGUUUUCCACCAUCGACCGGGUUUCCUCCUCGUCGUCGUCGUCCACUACUCGCUAUAUCCGAACCAGUAUAGUGUAUAUAUCGAUAUGGGAAAAUGGAGAUUCAGAGAGACAAUGGGAACGGCAGACAAAUAAAAUCGAAUUGAUUUACAAAAUACAAGAGAGCGGCGUUGAACGCGAACACCUCGCAAUUUGGUUUGAAAUGCACGAGCGAAAGAAGAAUAAAAGGAUAGUCACCUUCACGGUUGCAGGAGUUGCCACCAUUGAAUGGAUCUUUCUUCGGCAAAGUGAUAUGCAGCAGCAUACUCCCAUAAAAGCCAGCCACCUUUUUCGUGGGACGUUGUCGCGUAAUCGACCUUUAUGAUACUGCGGCCACGAUUGACACCGGUCUUGUA